GGUUUGAACUUCCAAUUGUUCCGCCAGGAACAGUAACUUUCCGUCGGCGGGGCAUAUUGCUGUUUUAGCCCUUACUUGAAUUAUUAAACCCUAACGCUCACUGUCGGCCGUCGGCGAUGGCGAAGAACGGAGCAGGAUCUUUAGAGCAAUUCUCGCGAAAACGCAAGAAAAUGAGAAUCGAAGAUGAUGAUGAUGAUGAUUUAUCAGAGAGCCUUUCUGACAUUGACGAUGCCGAGAUUAGUAGAUAUAUUCAUAGCAAACCGGAGAUGAUUUUCAAGAAAUUGAUUUGGGAAGCAAUGAAUAAGGACUAUCAAAAGGUAAUCCUUCUUCUCUAUUUUUUCUCUACCUGAUUUUAAGAUUGUUUGCAUAUACUACAAAGUAAAAACCAUCAUGUGAACUGAAAACUGAUUGGAGACCAGACUAGACAAAUGUAGGAACUUUUGGCGGGAUGCCGAUGUGGAAAUCCUGCCUUAGAUUCUAGCUAAGGCUAAAUUAAGAAGGAUGGACAGUGAAGGCAGCUGUUUGUGUUUCUGGUGUAGAAAUAAUGAGGUUUGUCAGCAGAUGUGCUGAAGGGUAAACAACAGAAAGGAGUCUCAAGAAUGAAAAAGCCUCCUUCUGUUAAGAAAACUGCUGCUAGCCAAACAAAAAUGCAGAAUGAAAAACGCUUCAGUUCAAAAAUCAACUAUGAUGCUUUAAAUCAACUAAUGAAUCAGCCUGAGGAGGUUCCAGAAAAGUCUAAGGAAAAAAUCAGAGACCCCAACUCUAGCAGGUGCAACGACUCACAGCAUUCCAACCAAGAAUUUAGUCUUGAAGCACAAAGUCUUGAAGAAGGUGAGAACAGCGGUGAGUUUGAGGACGAUAAUGAAUACAACGAAUACACCGAUGCUAAUAUCUAUUAUGAAAAUUGGGAUGAAGAAGAUGGACUAUCAGAACAAUUAUGAUUAUGACGGAUAUUGAUACCUUAGACUUUUCUAAAUGCUUCGGUACUCGUUAAAAGUCUAUUUCUUUUACCAAAUCACAAUGAGGGUGAGGAGCUCUGAAUCUGAGUCUAAUUUUUGGUGCUACGGGUUUAUUUAUCCAUAUCAAUGUUGGUCAAUGAUAUCAGUUUUGAAAAUCUUUGAUGAAUUGAAACGAUAGUGUGGCCGAGAAAGUUUUCAGAGGAGAAGAUUCUAUAAUUAUAUAAGAAAGAAAAAAGUGAAUGUGGAGUGUACUUAUAACAGUUGAUGAUGGAGGAGAGGAUCUUUUGAUAUUAGAAGUUUAUCCCUCUAUUAUUAGUUAAAAAUUAAAAAAAAAUACAGUCUACACAAGGUGAAUUACAAUUCAGCAUUCUCUAUAAAAGAAAAGAAGAUUGUAUGGUGGGAAUAAAAUUUUACUGAUAUA